AGCCGCGGAACCAACCCAAACUCAUAAAGAAUCAAAAUCCGCCUGUAAAUUCCCUUCGGAUAAAAAUUUUGAAACUGAAGAUUUCGUUUCUCUUUGAUUUACAAUCAUUCUUAAGCAAACAAUUUUUUUUUUCAAUUCCGUUAAGUUCUGUAAUCAUUCUAUUGUAACAUCAACCGAAAACCAAACCCUAGAAUGCACCCAAUGGACCACAGGUACUCCGAUCCCGAUUCCUACCGUCACCGUCGCAGUGACUUCAUUGGCCCGCCUCCUGCUGUGGGACCGCCGCCUCCAAUGUAUGGAGGAGGUGGACCAUACGGUGGUCCUCCACCCGCUUCGAAUUUUAGGGGUGGAACUGGGUACCCACCUUUUGAGCCCGCUGUUGGUAGAUUCAGUAUUGGCCGUGGCGGUGGCGAUACUGGAAAUAGGGGGUUUAGUGGCUCACGUGGGCAUUUUGGAGACAGAAGGCCUGAUGCUUCGGCUCGUGGAAGGGGCGGACGUGGUGGUGGGAGAGGUUUUAGUGGUGGAGGGAGAAGCUUUGAUGGUGGGCGAGGCGGUGGUGGCGGAAGAGGAGGUAGGCAUGGUGGCCGUGGUGGAGGAAGAGGUUCAAAAGGGGAUUUGGAUAAUAUUUCACUUCCAAAGCAAGAUUUUGGGAAUUUAGUGCCUUUUGAAAAGAAUUUUUAUAUUGAGAGUCCUUCUGUUCAGGCAAUGUCUGACCAGGAAGCUAUGAUGUAUCGGUCACGAAGGGAUAUCACUGUUGAAGGGCGUGAUGUGCCUAAGCCCAUUCGGAUGUUUCAGGAGGCUAAUUUCCCUGGUUAUUGCUUGGAGGUGAUUGCUAAGUUGGGAUUUGUUGAGCCAACUCCUAUCCAAGCUCAAGGGUGGCCGAUGGCCCUCAAGGGUAGAGACUUAAUUGGGAUUGCUGAAACUGGUUCUGGAAAAACUUUAGCAUAUGUCUUACCAGCUUUGGUACAUGUUAGCGCACAGCCUCGAUUGGCACAAGGUGAGGGUCCAAUCGUGUUAAUAUUAGCCCCUACUAGAGAAUUGGCUGUUCAAAUCCAAGAAGAAGCUUCGAAGUUUGGUUACCGUGCUAAUACUAGGAGUACAUGUGUAUAUGGUGGUGCUCCUAAGGGCCCUCAAAUCCGCGAUCUUCAAAGAGGUGUUGAGAUUGUGAUUGCAACUCCUGGUCGACUGAUAGAUAUGUUAGAGGCUCAACACACUAACUUGCGAAGAGUCACUUACCUUGUCUUGGAUGAAGCUGAUAGGAUGUUGGACAUGGGAUUUGAGCCGCAGAUAAGAAAAAUUAUAUCUCAAAUCCGUCCGGAUAGACAGACGUUGUAUUGGAGCGCCACAUGGCCUAGGGAGGUUGAAACUUUGGCAAGGCAGUUUUUGCGCAAUCCCUACAAGGUAGUUAUUGGCUCACCUGAUUUAAAAGCAAAUCAAUCAAUAAACCAAAUUAUUGAAGUUGUCACAGAUAUGGAGAAGUACAACAGGCUUAUUAAACUCCUAAAAGAAGUGAUGGAUGGCAGUCGAAUUCUAAUAUUUAUGGAAACAAAGAAAGGCUGUGACCAAGUUACAAGGCAAUUGAGGAUGGAUGGAUGGCCAGCUCUAUCCAUCCAUGGUGAUAAAAAUCAGGCUGAAAGGGAUUGGGUCUUAUCUGAGUUUAAAAGUGGCAGAAGUUCUAUUAUGACUGCCACUGAUGUUGCUGCACGGGGUCUUGAUGUGAAGGACAUUAAGUGUGUGAUCAACUAUGAUUUUCCAACCAGCCUUGAGGAUUAUAUCCACAGGAUUGGCAGAACUGGUCGUGCAGGAGCUAGAGGAACUGCAUUGACGUUUUUCACACAUGCGAAUGCAAAGUUUGCCAGGGAACUUGUUAAAAUCCUUCAGGAAGCAGGUCAGGUUGUACCUUCAGCGUUGUCUGCUUUGAGUCGAUCUGCUGGUUCUCUAGGAGGCUCUGGUGGUAAUUUCCGAUCUAGAGGGCGAGGGGGAGGCUUUGGGAAUCGGUCAUUGAUUUCAGGAUCCAAUGUUGUUCCUCUUGGUAGAAGGCCUUGGUAGUGAGUCAUACUGGAGUUGACAUGGGAUUUUCAACUAUCUAGGCUUAUGGUUGCAUGUACAAAGAUAUUACCAUCUGAAAUUUGAUGUUUACUACCGGUAAUAUUAGAUUUUCAGUUAUCUGAAAUUAGGCCAUUGUUACAUAUCAAUGUCAUUGAAUUUGAAAACUUGGUACUUCAAUAAUUCUUGUGUAUUCAACAAUUUUGCUAUGGAUCAGGCAGGUUAAGUUGGCUCUUCAA